GAAACUCGCUUUUGUUCCAAUUAAAUCAAAAGAACAAAAGUUGAUGAUUUUACAUAAAAAUAAAAGAAACAAACCAUUAACCCUCACUCCAAGCAAGCACAAUUUUUAUAGCUGAUUAAACUCAAUAUUAAUCCAAACAACAGGCAUUUCUACAUUUCUAUUGAGUGCAUAUUGAAGCUAUAAUCAUAAAGUUUGUUUAAUCGCUUUUUGUUCUAAUUCAUAAAUAAAAACUAGUUUAGUUGACAACAAACUGGCGGCAGCAAAUCAUCUCUUCGCUCGAACCAUGAAAGACACCACACAAAUCCUCGCUAGACUUAGGAAGUUAAUGCAACAUCCAGGUGAGGAUGUUCAAGCUAUAAGUGCAUAUAUAGUGCCUUCAGAUGAUGCUCAUCAGAGCGAGUACAUUUGUCAGAGAGACGAACGUCGUGCAUUUUUGAGUGGAUUCGAUGGUUCUGCUGGGACAGCCAUUGUCACAACUGACAAGGCCCUAUUGUGGACUGAUGGCAGGUACUAUCAGCAAGCUGGCAAACAAUUGGAUUCCAAUUGGACUCUUAUGAAGGAUGGUCUACCUGCGACACCUUCGAUAGGAGCUUGGUUGGCAAAAAAUCUGGCCAAAGGUUGCACAGUUGGAGUUGAUCCUAAACUACUCUCCUAUCGCUUAUGGAAGCCCAUUCAAAAGGAACUUAACGGAAACGAAUGUGCCUUAGUCCCAAUUGAAAAUAACCUCAUCGAUGCUGUCUGGGACAAUCAACCAAAAGGUCCAACAAAUCCUGUCAUUACAUUGGAUUUGAAGUUCGCUGGUGCCACAAUUGCAUCCAAAUGGAGUGAAGUAAAGAAACAAAUGACAGAUAAGAAAGCAGACGCCUUAGUUGUCAGCGCAUUGGAUGAGAUAGCAUGGUUCCUAAAUUUGCGUGGAUCUGAUAUUGAUUUUAAUCCGGUGUUCUUUUCAUAUCUAAUCAUUUCACACGACAAACUUCAUCUAUUCAUUGAUGAAUCAAAAUUACCCAAUAAUUGGAGUCAACAUUUGAUUGACAAUAACGUGGAUAUUGUUAUUGAACGAUAUGAAUCAAUUAAAGAACGUUUACUCGAUAUUAUUGAAAAUUCAAAUGAGAAGAUAUGGAUUGCUAUGAGUUCCAGUUACUUUUUGACUGCUUUAAUUCCAAAAAAUAAAAGACAUCAAGAGAUUACUCCCAUUGCCAUAAUGAAAGCAAUUAAGAAUUCAACAGAAAUUGAAGGGUUCAUCAACAGUCAUGUUCGUGAUGGAGUUGCUCUAUGUCAAUACUUUGCUUGGCUAGAGAAAAUGAUACAAGAUGGAAAAGCUGUUGAUGAAAUUUCUGGAGCUGACGAGCUUGAGGAACUUCGAUCAAAAAAAGAACAUUAUAUGGGUUUGAGUUUUCCAACUAUAAGUUCUUCGGGUCCAAAUGGUUCUGUUAUACAUUAUCAUCCUGCUGAGGAAACAAAUAGGCCAAUAAAUGAUAAAGAGAUUUACCUGUGCGAUUCUGGAGCGCAAUAUAAGGAUGGAACAACUGAUGUAACUCGAACAUUGCAUUUUGGAGAACCAACUGAUUUUCAAAUGGAAACUUAUACAAGAGUUUUGAAAGGUCAAUUAACAUUGGGUUCAACAAUAUUUCCGAAAAAAGUUAAGGGGCAAGUGCUGGAUACUUUAGCCCGAAAAGCUCUAUGGGAUGUUGGCCUAGAUUACGGGCAUGGAACUGGCCAUGGAGUUGGACAUUUCCUUAACGUACAUGAGGGCCCCAUGGGUGUUGGUAUUCGCAUUAUGGCCGAUGAUCCAGGCCUACAAGAGAAUAUGUUCAUUUCCAAUGAACCUGGAUUUUACAAAGAUGGUGAAUUUGGAAUUCGGAUCGAAGACAUCGUUCAAAUAGUCCCCGCUUCCACUGCCAAAUAUGAUUUUGCUGGACGUGGUGCUCUUACAUUCAAAACAAUUACAAUGUGUCCAAAACAAACUAAGAUGAUUAAAAAAGACCUCCUGACAUCGGUUGAGGUGAAACUCUUAAACGACUAUCACCAACAGGUCUGGGAGACCUUAUCCCCAAUUUUGGAAAAAGAAAACGAUUAUCUAACAUUGGAAUGGUUGAAAAGAGAAACACAACCAAUUUAAACAAAUUUAUUUUUUCAUUUCAUUUAUUUGUGAUUUCAACAUCUGAACAAAAAAAGAAUCACCAAAAUAAAGUCUUUUAUAUAUAUAUUUUUAUAAGUCUA